AUGGUUCUCAAUGAGACUUUACAACAACUAGUUCAAUAUUUUUUACAUCAUGGUGCUUUAUCUGAACAAGAAUUAAUUGAAUUACUCGAAUCAUUACGUGAUCGUUAUGAUUUAAAAAUAAAAGCAAACGAUGAAAUUAAAAUAUUUACAAAUCAAUAUUUACCAAAAAUAAAUGAAAAUAUUAAUCCCUAUGGAUUUGAUAUAAAAUGUGUACACAGUGAAGAAUAUGAAAAUGAUGUAUAUUAUUGUUGUGUACAAAAUUUGAAACCAAUAUUUGCUAAAAUGGAUGUAUCGUAUACAGAAAAGGAAGCAGCAAUAUUUGAGAAAAUGUUAGAAUUAAUAUUAUUAAAUGAUUCACAUUCAACAACAACACGUGAAAUAUUUGAAGCGGUUUUAGGAAAUGGUUUAAAAAUAACAAAAAAUGAUUUUAAUGAUGUUAUUACACGAUUUCGAAAAGAAAAAUGGAUUGAAAGUGGUCGUGGACGAGAUGCUGAUAAUUUAAUUAUUUUACAUAUUCGUGCUAUAACAGAAAUGAGUUCAUUUAUUACUGAUACAUAUAAAGAUGAGGUAUAUGCAUGUAAAUUAUGUUCACGAUUAUUAUUACGAGGUCUUAGAUGUCCAAAUUGUUCAUGUUUUCUACAUCGUUCAUGUGGUGUUAAAUAUUUUAAAAAUUUAUCAAUGCAAAAAUCAAAAAUGUCUUGUCCAUCAUGUAAACAAGAAUGGGAUCAACUUAUUCUGAAUGAUUUAGAUGAUGAACCGGAAAAAGAAAAUGAUCAACCAAGAUCAUCAUCAUUAAAACGACAAUCUACAACGGUAGCUACAACAAGUUCUCGAACAAGUGCAACUACAUCGAGCAGAGCGCGAUCAACACGACGGAUUGUCAGUGAUGAAGAUGAAAAUGAUGAAAAUAACGGCUUCUAA